CUUCAUACUCUUGGAAGUAUUGAGAGAUUUAAUCUGUCCUUGUUCAGAUAAAUGGAGGGGUAAAUGAACCUCCUCUGCAUUAAUUCCUUUUCUGUCGUGUUUCAUAUUUGAGAAAUCAUGACUACGUCCUUGGAAUCUCUCUCGAAGUCGGCAAAUUCUACAGAAGCUACACUUGCAUUCAAACAACAAACAAGGGCUUUUGUCCCUAUGGAAGUGUCCAUCAACUCUUACUAUGAUCAUUUAUGCCAUUAAAACCUUAUAUAUACAUGGCAUAAUCUUCCUUAGUUUCCACCGAUCUCACCAUCUCUACUUUAUUGCUACAGAUUCUCAAAGGAACUUGUAGCUAUGGAGAAAGGUGAGCUUGUUGAGGGAAAGGUAGAUUGGAAAGGAAGAACAGCUAUAAGGAAUAAGCAUGGAGGACAAUGGUUUUCUUCGCUAAUUCUAGCAUCAUUUGCUCUUGAAAACAUGGCAACUGUGGCACUGGCAGUGAACCUUGUGACAUACUUUAAUGGGGUGAUGCAUUAUUCGAUCGCUGAUGCAGCUAACGAGCUAACCAACUACAUGGGAACUGCUUACAUUCUCUCCAUUGUGGUGGCCUUUCUUGCAGACGCUUAUAUUGGCAGAUUCUAUGCUGUUCUUGUUUCAGCAUUCAUUGAGCUUGUGGGACUUGGAUUGUUAGCUGUACAAGCUCACUACCCCAAACUUAAGCCACCUACUUGCGUCAUCUUUGAUCCAACUGCUGACUGCCAGCAAGUUCAUGGAGGCAAUGCUGCACUUCUCUUUGUUGCCCUCUAUUUGGUUGCUGCUGGCACUGCAGGAAUCAAAGCUGCAUUGCCAACACAUGGUGCUGAUCAAUUUGAUGAGAAAGACCCACAAGAGGCAAUGCAAAUGUCCAGUUUCUUCAAUGGGCUUUUACUAGCUUUGUGCGUUGGGGGUGCAGUUAGUUUGACACUUGUUGUGUGGAUUCAAGACAAUAAAGGAUGGGACAAGGGCUUUGGGGUCCCCGCAUUAGCGAUAUUCUUGGCCAUGAUAGUCUUUGCUAUUGGAUUGCCUCGGUACAGGAUACAUGUCAUUCAGGGAACUAGUGCCAUCACAGAAAUUAUACAGGUACUUGUUGCAUCAUUCCGCAACCGUAAACUUCCCCUUCCUGAUGACCCUGCAGAGCUCUAUGAGAUUGACAGGGACAAGGAAGCUGCUACAGAAGCAGAAUUUCUACCUCACAGAGACAUUUACAGGUUCCUAGACAAAGCAGCCAUCCAAACAACCCUCCUAGGAAAUUCUGACAAACCAGAAACUCCAAAUCCAUGGAAACUUUGCAGGGUCACCCAAGUGGAAAAUGCAAAGAUCAUAGCAGGCAUGGUCCCAAUCUUCUGCUGCACCAUCAUCAUGACCCUUUGCCUCGCUCAGCUCCAAACCUUUUCCAUCGAACAAGGGCUCACCAUGGACACAAGGGUCGCCAAUUCAUUCAAUAUACCACCUGCGUCACUCCCCAUCCUCCCAGUCAUCUUCAUGAUCAUCCUAAUCCCUGUGUAUGAUCGUAUCUUCGUGCCCUACGCCCGUGGCAUUACUGGCCUCCGCACGGGCAUCACCCACCUGCAGCGCAUUGGCGUUGGCCUAGUGCUCUCCGCAAUUUCCAUGGCAACCUCUGCUGUAAUGGAAGCCCUAAGGAAAAGAGUGGCACGAGACAACAACAUGCUUGACGCCAUCCCAGUACUUCAGCCACUUCCCAUUAGCGUUUUCUGGCUAUCUUUCCAGUACUUCAUUUUUGGCAUUGCAGACUUGUUUACCUACGUGGGACUCCUGGAGUUUUUCUACUCUGAGGCACCAAAAGCCAUUAAAUCCAUCUCUACUUGCUUCCUGUGGAGCUCCAUGGCACUUGGGUAUUAUUUCAGUACCGUAGUUGUUAAUAUAGUAAACAGAGCAACUAAAGGAAUAACAAGAAGCGGAGGAUGGUUAGCUGGAAACAACAUCAACAGGAACCAUCUCAAUCUCUUUUACUGGUUGCUUUCCAUACUGAGUAUGAUCAACUUUUUCGUCUACUUAUUUGUUGCAAAGAGGUACAAGUACAGGCCUCAGGCCCUAGUGGCUCCGAUUGCGAAUGAGGAGAAUAAGAACAACAAGGCAUCGGUAUAAGAAAAUGAAGAUUCGGUUGUCUUCCUUUGAAGUAUUUUCUAUUUCUAUUCAAAAUUUGAAGAUGUUGUCAAGGAAAUGGGAAAAUGUACUGCAUUGCAUCAUGGCGGAAUGGCAUGUUUGGUUUCUUUCUUUUAUAUUUGUUGUUGGGUAAGGCUAACCACUUCUCCAAAAUAGUUUUCCAUCUUGAGGACAAGGACUUCUGUUUUUACUUUCAUCAUUCU